AUGUCCAUAUCCCUCGCCAACGCCGACCACGCGAGUCGCCCCUCGGCCAUCUUCCUCCGAAACAUCCACGGCUCCAAAUGGGGCUACGCCAUCUACCGCACCAAUUACGAUCCCGCGCUGGAGGCCGCCUGGACACACACCCUGCACACCAUCCGCUCGCACAUCGUCGCCUGCAUCGAGGAGGAGUUGCAUAAGCCCCUGUCCUGGAUGCGCAUUCCCGCCGUGGACUACCAGCGCAUCCGCGACGACCCCUCCCUGUGUCCAGCGGUGGACCCGGCGCCAGUCGACGCGGUCAAGACGGCGCUGGAGCUGAUCGUCCACGACGACGCCGCGCGCUACGACAGGCUCUCCGUGGAAGAUGUUCGCGAGGCCUUCCACUCCCUAUGUACGGACGGUGACCCCGCCACGCCGUCAGUCGCGGAGAUCUUCGCGAACCCGCCUCUGUUUGUACGGAUACGCGCCGGACUGCUGGUGUCAGCGGACGUGUGCUUGAUGGUGGAUGGGGAGGUGCUGCGCGCGGUGAGCCAGGACCUGCGCAAUGAGUACGGCGAGGGCCCGUUUGUCAAGGCCGUUGAGCGGUUGCCCUGUCUGGGACCCGACUACGAGGGCUGGUUCAAGGUCGCGCUGACCUAUCUAUGGCAGCUGGUCAUGCGGGCGAAAAACAGCGAUGGUAUGGAUCUGAUCUUGCCGCCGAAACGGCACACCACUGGUGAGCGGCCCAUCUAUAAUGGCUCAUGGCCAAUGGAUAUGCAGUUGGAGUCUGCCGGCAUUUACCCGGAGGAUAUAGCUGAGAUCGAGGAGGCCUAUGCAAGGGUGGUGUAG